UUGGGCGGCAGCCAUUUUGAUUCACUCGGAAAAGGAGGAAUAACACAAAUAGACAUUUACAUUGCUCAAGACAACAAAACAUAAAGUUUCUAAUGGAAUAAGUCAUAUUUAUUGUGAGAUAAGUAUAGCUAAGAUCUCCAAUAUAGUACGUGACAUUUUUACGUCUCAUUUUUAGUCCAUUCAAAUACUCAAAAUGACUGAAAGACAGCUUGAUUGUGCAUUGGAUUUGAUGCGAAGAUUGCCUCCACAACAGAUUGAGAAAAACUUGAGCGACCUGAUAGAUUUAGUCCCAGAAUUAUGCGAAGAUCUUCUCUCGUCCGUUGAUCAGCCAUUAAAAAUUGCGAGAGACAAAGAGACUGGGAAAGAUUAUUUACUUUGUGAUUACAACCGAGAUGGCGACUCCUAUCGUUCACCAUGGAGCAAUACAUAUGAUCCGCCAUUAGAUGACGGCGCUCUUCCAUCAGAUAAAUUACGUAAAUUAGAAGUCGAUGCCAAUGGAGCUUUUGACCAAUAUAGAGAAAUGUACUUUGAAGGCGGAGUAUCUUCAGUGUAUUUGUGGGAUCUCGAUCACGGUUUUGCAGGUGUUAUUCUUAUCAAGAAAGCUGGUGACGGUUCCAAGAAAAUUCGAGGUUGUUGGGAUUCCAUCCAUGUAGUGGAAGUUAAAGAAAAGAGUGGAGGACGUAAUGCGACGUAUAAAUUAACUUCAACUGCAAUGUUGUGGCUUCAGACAAACAAAGAAAGUUCUGGUAUGAUGAAUCUAGGGGGAAGUUUGACCAGACAGAAAGAAAUGGAUAUUGCAUUGAGCGAUGCAAGCUCUCACAUAGUUAACAUAGGAAAAAUGGUGGAAGAAAUGGAGAAUAAAAUUAGAAACACAUUGGAUGAGAUUUACUUUGGAAAAACGAAACAUAUUGUUAAUGACCUUAGGAGUGUGAAUGAUUUGGGUGAUGAACGAAAACAAAAAAGCGUACAAGCUGAACUCUUCAAGAACUUGAAAGCAAGACAAGAAAAAUAAGCGCAGUUUUUUUGCAAUCACAAGUUUCAAAACACUCGCAGAGAUAUUUUUUAUACAUAUUACGAACGUUUAUUCACGGUUUAAUUUAUAAAGAAUAUAAUAAGGGGAGCGCGCAUGCGUAUAGCUGAUUAUUUUUGUUUUGUUUUUUACGUGUGUAGAAACUGUGAAGUGGAGUAUCGCCAUCAUAUAGUUGAUUAAUUUUAUAGUACGAAAGCCUUUCAAAAUUUUAUCUAUUUUAAGUUAAUAUGUUUUUGCGUGUCGAAAUUUUUGUAAUGUGCACCAGGUAUAACGUUCGAUCUGCAUUUUGUAAUCCUUCACUUCCCUGUUUCAUUUUGAUGCGACAGAUACUACAUCUGUGGAUUUUGUAAGAAUAUUUUAAACUAGUGGCACUUACUCGAUAGAAGUACAAGUUGGUCGUUGCUGUAGUUUUUUCAAAAAAUGAGUUUUGAUUUUCUUAAUGUUAUAAUUCUUUUCUGCUUAUAAUUUUCGUGGACCAUCUAUCUACCAAAAUGUCGAAUAAACAGAUUAAAAAAAACAUCCUA